CCAAUUAAGAUAAUUUGCUUCGUUAGUGGUCGAAUUUUUCAAAACAUGACAAUGAAAUCAAUUUUAUCAAUGUUUGACCCCAAAUUAGCGCGCAAACAAACCGAACCGAAACGAUGACAGUCUUGUCAGUCUGGCUGUGGCAGUAUUAACGUCUGCUUCAAUAUGGUCAUCCACCGGUUCGUAAGAUGUGUCAACAAUUCAACAGCGAGACAAUUAAUCUUUAACCAAUGCCGCAAACACGCUAUUAAUAGGUCGAUUUUCACAACUCCCUCGUUCUGGGCAGAACGCUUAUAUACAGACAAACACGAGUGGGUGGAAGUUGAUGGUAAAACCGGGAAAGUGGGAAUAUCACAAUACGCUCAGGAGGCGCUGGGGGAUGUAGUUUACGCACAACUGCCAGAUGUCGACACUGUCCUAAAACAAAAAGACGAAUGUGGGGCUCUUGAAAGUGUGAAAGCUGCAAGUGAGGUUUAUAGUCCCAUUUCUGGUAAAGUUGUAGAGAAAAAUACAAGUGUUGAAGAAACGCCGUCUUUGAUCAACUCGUCAUGUUAUGAUAAGGGGUGGUUGUUUAAAAUCGAAUUGUCCGAUACUGGGGAACUUAAGAGUUUAAUGACUGAAACACAAUAUAAUGAAUAUCUUAAAACACAAGAGCAUUAGUUGAAUAGUGUAAAAUUACAAUUAAAGAUUACCAAACUUA